AUGUCAAUAUCAUCGUACCAGUCAUUUGCUUCGUUGAGGAGUUCUUCACGGGCGUCAUCCAGAGCAUCGACUUCUUCUACAGCAUCAUGGUCAUCUAUGAGGUCUAAUGGCUCUACCACUUCAUAUGAGUCGCUAGGGUCGUCAUUAUAUUCGUCCUCCACAAUUAUGUCGCCGGUUCAGUCUCGUUCACUGAGUUCAAUUGAGAAAUCACGCGCUUAUCACAAUGUUAUGAAUAUGUCUACUUCGAUCGCCGUGGUUGCAGGUACAUAUUCUGUACCAAUAACUAGAGAUAUUUUAUUCCCCGCUUUAGCAGACUUGGUCUCCUCGGAGCCAAUGCUAGGGGCGAAUAUUUUUGGCCAAAAUAAAAAAAAUCUUGUUCUGAAGAAAAUUGAAUCUUUUGAAUUAGAGGAGGUUGUCACAUUUGAUCCCACAGAAAGUCUAAGAGAAUUUCUUAAUACUGUGUCUCGACGGGUCGAGCUCCCAUAUGAUAGGACCGACUUACCGCUAUGGAGGUUAUAUGUACUAUCAGAAUAUGAAGUUGCGUUUGUAUUCGACAGAGGAUGCCUUGACGAAUCCUCAGGGGUAUUUUUUCACAAAAAGCUCGCUACGAAUAUGGCAUUCCCAAAUAAACUUGUAUUGCCUAGACCCAAUUGGACUGUUGAAGCGUCGCCAUUAUCCCUUCCCGAUAGUCUAACGAAUCUCUUCGACAUGAAACCUACUAAACAAUCUUUUAAAGGUUUGCUGAAAAUGAACAAGCCAAAAAUCGCCUGGGCUGGUCCCGACAUACGCUCCUCGAAAAAUACAGGAUCCACACUGAUAUUCGAAAUUCCCGCUAUUUUUGUUCGAAGACUCAUGGCUAAUGUAAAACACCGAGGUGUGACCAUGACCUCAGUGUUCUAUGCUGCUCUUAUGCAAUGUGUGCUGGAGUAUAUUCCCAACUAUGUUUUAUCACAGGAAGAGUUGGAGCUGCUAACAACGACGCCCGUCAACGCCAGGCCGCUACUAAGGAGUCGUAUAGAUGAGGAAGCUCUAGGAAAUUACUCACUUGACAUCACGCAUUCAUUAGAAAACUUUUCUUCUUCUAUUCGUCAGUUUGUUUUCCCUGAAAAAUGGGCCAAGAAUUUCAACACUUAUUUAACAAGUAGCUCCAGCAGUCCAGAAUCUCUCUGUCGAAGUGCUCUCUCGACCCCAUCCGUGUGGAAUAGCACCGAAGACAUGAAAAAGCGAGUCCAGUCCAUGACGAAAAAGCCACGGCAAAAUCUUCUUGAGGUGAAUAACUUAGGCCUUAUAUCAAUGGGGAGAAGAAAUACCCAUGCUGAGGUCAUGCUAAAUAAGCUGACAUUCUCGCAACCAAGUACUGUUCACAACAAUGCUCUUGGCAGUGGAUUCUCACUUAAUGUUGUAGCCCUUGAUAAUGGUCCUGCCGUCUUCACUCUUUCCCUUGCUUGUGACGACAAGGCGCGGACGAGAGCUCGUAAAAUUCGAGACUCCUUUCUUAAUGUUCUCUCCAAUGUGCUCGAGACAUAA